AUGUUCGGGAAGGUUAAACAUACUCUUUUUCUUCCAGACGUGCAGUAUCGAAUCUUCUGCCUCCUCUUCCUCUACCUCGGCCUCUCGCACCUCCUCUCCCUCUUGUGCCUCCUCUUGCACCUCCUCUGCCACCACCACGGGCACCGCCUCUGCUUCCUCCCCGGAAUCCGGCCCGACCUCUACCUCUUGGGCCCAUUAUAUCUUACUUUCUCCACAGCGGGGCACUCCCGCCACAGAGACCGUUAUCGUGAGAAAGCGAAAGAGUUCGACGAUUUUUUGAAGCGACCUAUCGCGAAAAAACGCUCCGACCAGAGACCCCAAACCCACUCUUCAAUUUUUGGCCCGCGCAUCACCACCAACCCGAAACCCGCUCUCCCCUCCCCUCCUCUUCUCUAUAUCUCCUCCUCAACCGCAGGUCUCCCCCUUCGAAAGAACCUCGACGACCCGAGAUCCAACCUGCCCAGCAUGGCUGUCGCCGAAACUGAGAAGUUCCUCCACCUGUCGCGGCCCAUCGCGCCGGCCACGAUUGGCAUCCCAGGCAACAUUGCCCCGCUCACCGUCAACAUCCAGCCCCAGCUUACCCCCCGUGGGGAACCCCAACUACUCGUCGCUAACCCCACCUCCUCCUUCCAGGCCAUCCUCUCCAUUCUCGACCAUGCCGUGCGAAGAGACAUCCGCGAUACGCAAUCAACCCGCGUUAUCGGCGCCCUCGUUGGUGUCCGCUCCGAAGAUGGCACCGAGGUCGAAGUGCGCUCCUGCUUCGCCAUCCCCCACACCGAGAACGAGGACCAGGUCGAGGUGGACGUCGACUACCAGAAGAACAUGCUCGCCCUCACCCUCAAGGCCAACCCGCGCGAGUCCCUGUUGGGCUGGUACACCACCACCCAUGAGCUCAACUCCUUCUCCGCCCUGAUCCAGAACUUCUUCGCCUCCCCCGAGACCGGCACCUUCCCCCACCCCGCCGUCCACCUCACCAUCAGCACCGACCCGACCUCCGACAUUGAGGCCCGAUGCUACAUCUCCGCCCCCGUCGCCGUCAACGCCGAGCGCGCCGCCGAGAGCUGCCUCUUCAUCCAGGUGCCCCACAAGCUCAUGUACGGCGAUGCCGAGCGCAGCGCCCUCGAGGCCAUCUCCAUGGCCAAGGACACCGAGGACCGCACCGCCCCCGUCGUCUCCGACAUUGAGGGCCUCGCCCGCUCCAUCGAGUCCGGCGCCAACCUCAUCGAGCGCGUCAGCGACUGGGUCAACGGUAUCCUCGACGAGGACGAGGAGCCCAACCAGGCCCUCGGCCAGUACCUCAUGAACGCCCUCUCCCUCGCGCCCAAGGUCGACCCCGAGCAGAUUGAGCACGACUUCAACAACCACAUCCAGGACGUCCUCAUGGUCUCCUACCUGGCCAACACCAUUCGCACCCAGAUCGACCUGUCGCAACGGCUGGCUGUUGCCAACCUCACCGGCGGCGAGAAGGACGGCGAGGGCAAGACGACCGAGGGCGGCGAGAAGGGCGAGCAACAGCGGGGUGGUCAGCGUGGCGGCAAGCGCGGUGGACGCGGCGGCGGCCGUGGUGGUGGCGGCCAGAGGGGAGAGCCCAGGGAGCCCCGCGAGCCUCGCGAGCCGAGGGAACCUACCGAGUAA